AUGGAACAUUUGAGGGGUUUCAUCUUUUGCAUUUGUUUUUUCAUAAUAGCUGCAAUGAAUGGCUCUGUUGAAGCUUCCAAGCAGUUCAAAGUGGGUGAUCAUAUAGGCUGGCAGCAGCCUGGUGCUAAUAACACUGAGGUGUAUACCCAGUGGGCUACCAGUAAAAGGUUUCAUGUUGGAGACUCCCUUUCAUUUGAAUAUCAGAAUGAUUCAGUCCUUGUGGUGGAGAAAUGGGAUUACUAUCACUGCAACAUAAACAAACCCAUCUCUUCCUUUGACGAUGGAAACACUGUCAUCAAUCUUGAUAGGCCCGGACUCUUCUACUUCAUCAGUGGAGUCCCCGAUCACUGCAAGAAGAGUCAGAAACUAAUGAUCCAGGUGAUGGGUCUGCACCAAAGAGCUGAAUCUUCACCUGGAAUUCCAAAUACGCCUGAGGUUGGCCUUGCACCAGGCCCGCACCCUAGUAGUUCAGGAAUAGUUGUUACAGUCACACUUACUUCAGUCUUUCUAGCACUUAUUCUCACAGUUGUAACUAUGGUAUGA